CAGAUUUGGAGGAGGCAGUCUCACAGUGUUUGAGUCUUCUACAGGAGUGAUAAGCCUCUCACGCCUUGUGCGUCUCACACUCUUGACAAGUGGGGCCGUCUCUUAUUCGCUCGAAGCCGGGGACGUUUCUGAUUCAUCUCCUUUUUUUGACUGCUCAAUUGGUCCCUCUCGUUUAUUUUUCCCACCAUCACCUCUUUAAUUAAAUUGAACUAGUUUUCUAAGAUGACCUGGACGGCGAACAGUUGUUUGGUCACUCUGGCCAUCCUGUUUCUAUGGCGAGUGGAAGAAAUCGCGGAAGCCUGCAGCUGCUCCCCAGCGCAUCCUCAGCAGGCGUUUUGCAACUCAGACGUCGUUAUCAGGGCAAAGGUGGUCGGGAGGCAGGAGGUUGACGUUGGCAAUGACGUCUAUGGAAACCCCAUCAAACGGAUCAAGUAUGACAUCAAACAAAUCAAGAUGUUCAAAGGUCCCACCCAGGAUAUUGACGCCAUCUACACAGCUCCCAGCUCUGCAGUGUGUGGCGUGAGUCUGGAAAAUAAUGACAAGGAGUAUCUCAUCACAGGCAAACUGGAGGCCGAUGGGACGAUGCAUAUCACACUGUGUGACUUCCUCGAGCCCUGGGAGGACCUGACUGCCACCCAGAAGAAUAGCCUGACUCAGCGCUAUGAAAUGGGCUGUGAUUGCAAGAUCACCCGCUGCACCGUCAUCCCCUGCAUGAUCAGCAGCCCGGCGGAGUGCCUGUGGACGGACUGGGUGAUUGAGAAGACAGUGAACGGAGGGCAGGCCAAACACUUUGCUUGUAUCAAGAGGAGCGAUGACUCUUGUGCUUGGUACAGAGGGGCAGCAACGCCCAAAAGGGAUUUCCUGGACAUCGAAGACCCUUAACUCCACCGCUGUCCAAUAGUCCAAAGAUGUCUAAGAUAAAAAUACAAAUAAAUACUUUUUUUUUUUGUUUUUUGUUAAGACAACCAUAGGGCAAGUGCUCCGGGCUGAGGUUGUUUUUAUUUACAGGCCUCAUUAUGUUUUUAAUCAACAGUCUUAUGAAUGCAGCACUUUCAGGCACUUCUACCCCUAAAUCCAAAGCACUUCAUCAUAAACCACUUCUCUGUCAGCUGAAAAAAAAAAAGGGGAUAAUCAUCACAAUUCAGUAUUACUGUUCGUAGCGUUUUUGUUCUUGAGCUAUUUUACCUUUUUUAACCAAAGGUAUUUUUUUUUUUUUUAAAUUGAACUAUAAUUCUACAAUGCAACACGUGCAUACCUAUAAUUUAAAGUGUAUUGUUUGUUCAUGAAUAACAUUAAGUGGCAAUUGGCGCCCUGAUUUGUGACAGCAGGGCUAUCACAAGGAACGAUCACAUCUUGCCUGUCCUGCUUCAGAUUACUUCUUAUUUUAUUUUUUAAAGAUGUGACAAACCUGUUUCGACUAAGCACAAUCAGUGCUCACGCUAAUGUUUUCUCUAAAUAAUCCUGAAUAGACAAGAAUGCACUUUGAACACAAUUGCCACAGCAGUCAUAUUGUCUCUAAUGAAACAUUUCUGAAGAGGAGGAUUGAAUCCUCCAUUUUGUACUUUUUUUAUUAUUACAGCUCUUCUCUUUGUAAUGCUUUAGCGUAUAAGAGCCUAUUUUAUUUAAGGAGGUUAUAUGAUUCAUCAUAUUCUAUUGAGAAAAAAAAAAAAAAGCCAACAUUGUGAUACUUUUUGUGACAUCAUUGGUAGUAAGUAGAAGACCAAGUAUUUUAACAGUAUUAGCAAAAUACACAUUUUAUGUGCCUUCGAGGUCAAAUUGUAAUCGUCCACUGCAGAGCCUUUGACAUGACCAUAAAAAAUGUUGAGCAAAUGCCAUGUGACUUUAUUAAUUAUGAGAGUGUAAAAAAGUUCUUCAUUUGAAGCUGUACUCAAGUAUGACGUCUUGUGCUGGUUUCACACGAGACAUUUGAGAUGAUUUUUUUUUGCAUGCAUGUCCGGCUGAAACAAUACUGUACAUUUUGACUAUUACAUUAAAUGUCAAACCCUGUUUAGAUGCUUUGCACGGUUAUUUUCACACCAAUGCUCAUUGUGUGCAGAUCCACAAGACUCCACUUCAUUAAAGAAUCAGCGCGGCUUUGUUUGCUGGUGGUGUACAUACAAUAAUACACAGACGGGCACACACGUGGUGCAGAAAGAACCGCAUUUCACACUUGAUGAAGGGAGGCACAGGUCGUACAGCAGGCGAAGAGAAACAAAUAAAGAUCAGUGUCAUGUUUAA